AUGUGGGCAAAACAGACACAAUAAAAAGUUCCCGUCCACCACACGCGGGUCCAAGUUUUCUCCUCUAGGGUUUUGCCUUUGGAACCCAUCCAUCCAUCCAUCCAUCAGGAAGGAUCAAAUCAAAUCAGAUCAAAUCCUCCUCUCUUCCACUUCUAAAUCAAACAGAAUGGGAAGAGGAAAGUUUAAGGGAAAGCCUACCGGUCAGCGCCACUUUUCUACCCCCGAGCAGAUGCUUGCUGGCACCUCAACCCGUCCUCGCACGUUUAAGCGGGAGGAAGCUGAGUAUGAAGAGGAAAAGAGGGAAGAGGAAUCUGAGGAGGAAUCCGAAGAAGAUGAUCCUGAUCAAAAGCGGAAAGGAACUCAAGGUAUUAUUGAGAUUGAAAAUCCUAAUUUGGUGAAAGCAAAGAACUUGAAAGCUAGAGAUGUUGAUACUGGGAAAACAACAGAGCUUUCAAGGCGUGAAAGGGAGGAGUUAGAGAAACAAAGGGCUCAUGAGCGAUACAUGAGGCUGCAAGAACAAGGGAAAACAGAGCAGGCUAGGAAAGACUUGGAACGAUUGAGUCUCAUCCGCCAGCAAAGGGAAGAAGCUGCUAGAAAGCGAGAAGAAGAAAAGGCUGCCAAGGAGCAGAAGAAAGCAGAAUCUCGGAAAUGACCAUAGGAGGAAAGUUAUCAACAAUUAGUGCCCUCCAUAAUAUGCUAGAAAGAACUUGCUAGUUGGCCUAUAAUCUUCCUAUCUUUGUCGACAAUGUUAUUGGUUUUGAAAAGCAAAUAGAUUAUUUCAUGCUUUUUAGAAGGUUGAACUUUAAUUUGUAUACAGAAUAUUUUGAUUGGAUUGUAUUUGAACAUCUAUUCUGAAUUCCAAUUCUCAAACCUAUUUGUUCGCAGCUUACUCCUUGUCUUCUUGGGAAUGCCUGAA